CUGUGUUUUUGUGAUUUUGGAUUAUCUCGUAGGUGAUUUUUCUGCAACGAUGUGUGUUUCAAUUAAUCCGGGAGCUGUUACGAAAGCCGAGGCCACGAGCACCACUAGUGAUACGGGAGGGAAUACUUUAUUACCUGUAUCUACAAGUAGAGCACACUCUGUGGCCGUUAGUUUACUGGCCACUCCCCCUUUGGGCCUACCUACCGUGUUUGGUACAGCUUCCGAAAGUUCUGAUGAUGAGCUGAUUAUGGGGCUCUAUAGGCGGAAGGUGGUGUCAGCCACUGGAGAGGAGAGCUUCGUGUAUUAUUGGCUGGGGCGUGACAACUUGCCGACGGCUAUUGACAACUGGCACCGUAUUUCAUAAAUUUAUGUUUAUUGUACAUUAUUAUUUUUGAUAUCUAUUAUAAGUUUUUUAUAUAAUUGUUUAAUAACUUUUGUUUUUAUAUGUAAUAAAUUUUUUUUUUAACUAGUC